AGCAGCCAUACUUUUUUGUGUUGUUGUUGUUGUGGUGGUGGUGUGUGUUUGUGCUGUGGUGAAAGCAGAAAACACACGGUGCUUGCCGGAGGCUUUUCCACGUCUUCCAUAUUCGACGUUCUUUUUUAUUACUGCCUAAUCCUCACAUACGCAUCGUUUACCGCAAGAAGGAAGAAUCAACAGAAAGAGGGAGAAACGGACGGAGCAAGGGGAAAGAGGUGGCCACUCCUUUUCGUUGUUCUCCUUUGCAUAGUUCUUUUUUCCGCCUACCUUUCUUCCCUUAAACACUGUAGGCUCAUUUGUUACGUUUGUUUUCGUCUGUAGUUUUUUUUGUCCUUUUCCUUUAGUAACCACCUUUUAUCUGCUGUUGAUGUUUUCUGAAAGAACCUAGCGCAGCAGCAAAGUGAACGAAGGCGCGCUUCAAAUGCGAACAGCAAAAACUGUUUUUGCGGACUUAGACACUACAUCAGGUUAGAGGUGGGGAAAGAGAGAAAAAAAAUAAGAAGAAUACAUGCAGCGCUGAGAAGAGGCUUUUUACACGUAGCUUUUUAUUUUGAUUCUUCUGCCGCUUUGUUGCGCUCGCUCCAUCAGGAAAAAUAACGCUUGGCUCGUAUAUUCAUCUUUUCUUUUUCUCAGUUCCCCGCGACGUGCACGCCCGCCGGCACCUUUACGCGUCGCAAAAUCUGUUGAUCGUCAGGCCAGUCGUUCCUCAUCAGAGUCUGAACUGCUGUUUUUUUCUUCUUUUGCAUAUAUAUAUAUGUCUUUGCUUUUCCGGCCCAUCAAACGUAUACCCGCGUGUUUUUUAUUACUAUUGCGGUGUUUCUCCACUUUUUGUUCUGCUUUCUGUGUCUGGUGUUGGCCUUCGUUUAGUGGUUUUUAUUUGGUACAUACAUAUACAUUUGCGUAAAGUCUUCUCCGCCUCAGACGGUCUGCCGUGAGGAGCUUCGAUUGUCGACGUUUUUGUCUCCAUUUGUGCUUCUGAGCCAUUUUUGUUGUUUUCUUGCUUGGUUUUUGGAGAGUUGUACACCCUACUUGCGGUGUCUUCCUUUAUCCCUCCCCUUUCUUCCUCGUCCUUGCUUUUUGAAAGCUCUCGAAAAGCACUACGAAUCGUGAUCGAGCGCUUUCACUCUCGCUACACGUCCCGUCAAUUUUUGUCCACCCACAAAGACACAGUUUCCACAAAAGUACUAAUACCUUUUCUGUUCUUUCUUUUUUUUUCCUGUUUUCCACUUCAAUAGCAAUGUUCCCCUUUACCGACGACGUAGUGCAGUUCAUCGUGUUGCUCACGCAGCACGGCACGGUGGAGAAGGUUCGCGCCGCCAUCAGCCAAAACCCCGAGGUGGCGCACUUUGCCGGUCCGCUAGACGUUUAUGGAACUGACCCAAGUGUUCCACCAGGUCACCGCAACAGCACCACACACGGAAACGGUGUCUCUGAUGCAAAGGCAGCGGCAGGCGCCGGCGCAACCAACGACGACGCAAACGAUGACAAUGACCUUCCGCAGGGGCAGUCCGCCUUCUUCACGGCCCGCACUCCUUUGGUGGCGAUCUGUGAGCUCUCCGACGAUGCAUAUGGCGCGUCUGGCGGCUCGCGCAUUAUUGCGACGGCCGACCCCGCCUCCUUCUUCCGCUCAGUCUCUUUCUCAGACGAUGCGGCUUCCGAAGAGGGCACGCUGGGCGCCACCUUGCGCGGUGCAGCGGGUACGCUUCGGCGUAGCUCCAGCAUCGGGUUCGCACUGAACAAGUCAAAGGCGAUCAGCUGUGUUUUGCUCGAGCGGCGCGACACCGCGUUAGGCGGCGCCGGACUCCAUCCGCUCUCCGUGCGCGACCUCUACAUUCAGUCCAUGGACCUGCAGAAGCCGCUGAACACGCUGCAGGGGAUUCUUCAGAAUAUCUACGACCCUAUGCUGCGCUCGCACAAGACACAGUCAGCGCUGCGCGCGCAGGUGCAGGAUUUGUUGACAGGCAUCCGCUCCAUGCACCAUGUGCUGCCGGAAAUCGACAUUACCCGCUACGUGCACGACGAUUUGCUGAAGCUGUGCGACGCCAACCCGCAGCUGGAUGUGCCGCAACUGAUUGACCGUCUCGGCGAGCCGGCCAAGGACCCGAGCUUCAUUCGGCGCAUUUUGCAGGUACGAAAUCGGUGCAACGAGGCCCUGUCGAUGGAGCCCCUCCUGUCCGGUAAGACGGAGGAGGAGGAGCUCGCCAAGAAGAAGCAGAACACGAACAGCAAGUCCUACGACGCCUCGAAUGCCGCUAGCGCAGUAGACGCUGCGGGUAGUUCCCUGACUCGUUCUGGGCUGGGUGCAGCGGACACGAGCGGAAUCGCUGGGCGCGGCGCCGCCGUGAGUAUUUUGGCCGCGGGCUACGACAGCGACGCGGACGAUGACAGCGUGUGGGCGGUGCAGGAGCGCAUCGUGUACUGGCAGUGCGUCGGUGCGUGGAUGGAGGAUGUGCUGAACCAGCUGCGCGGACGGGAGUGGCGCCUCCUGCACCGCCUGCUGGGCCAGCGAGUGGAGACGGACUACGUGGCCGAGUACGUCGGGUACAUAAAGCUCGUGCAGGAGUACGUUGCGUUUUUGAAUACGAUUCCCGAGAAGCAGCUCGUGCAUGUGCAUGACAUGAAGGAAUUUAACGUCGUGGCGGACGAAAUCCUGGUCGCGGCGACGCGGCCGACGCGGUUUAGCCCGCGCCUGCAGCUGAGCCUUUUGACGUCGCUCGUGUCACAGAUUGCGUGGCGGUGGGUGAGCGUGAUGGAGACGCAGCCGGUGUUGCUCGUAGACGCGGACGCGGAGGGCGAUGCGAAGUCCGCAGCAGACGGCGGCGGUGGCAAUAACAACCUCAAGGAGUCUACGUCUGCUGGGCGUUUUGACAUUAACACCGCUACUAGUUCAGCAACAGGUGCAGGAGCGGCAGGUGGCGACGCCUUCGACCCCAUUGCUUCCCUACAGACAUUGCGUGUAGCCAUCCACGCCUUGCGCACGCUGCAAACGAGGUACGUUGAACACAGCAGGGAGCUGCGGAAGCAAAUUCGCGUUGUGCGCAAGCCACGCGACCACCCCGAGCACCUGCGGGUGGAGGCGUUGCUGCAACGCUGCAUUGCCGUGCGCGACUUCCUCGAGGGCCACCUGCUGCUGAUGCGCCAGCUCGGCGUUGUUUUUUCCACGCAGGUGCGCUUGCCGUUUGCGUCGUCGAAGAGCAGCGUGUCUGCGCCGCAACCGGGCGAGGAGUACGCGCUAUCGAUGCAGGAUGCGUACAACGAGUGCGUCCUCGCCGUUUGUGGGGCGCGGAGCGACGGAGGGCCCUUGAGCCCACAAGGAGCUGCGCAAAACCACAGUAAUUUCUUGUGGCGCACCUCCUCCACUGCGGUCUACCGCUUCAACCACGCCGUGAACACCUACCAGCAGCGACGGAAUCAGUGCGACGAGCAAAUCGCCCUGGUGGUGAGUCAACUGCUCAGCAACCAGCAGCACAUUCCAAUCGACGGCCGCGCUGUGCUCACGAGUGGCAACACAAACCCGCCGACAGCUCCGCCAAAAGUGCCAACCAUCACCAGCUUCGCCGACAGCCGUGGGCUGCGUGUGUUUCGAACAUACAAGAGCUUCAAAAUGCUGCCGCUGGAGCGUGUGCAGAGCGUCGUGCAGAGUUACCAGGACGCCAUGGCAGAAAAGCUCGGCGCCUACGUGACCUACAUCCAAGAGUCCUACGUCAACGUCCACCUUACCAAGCAAGAGGUAAGCUACAACACGACGCGAUUCGGCGUGUCCACUUUAGUCGCCCAGAUUAUGUGGGAGCAACGACUGGUAGAGGCGCUUUCCGAUGCCAUGGUCCGCUUCGACUACGUCAGCGAACACGGCUGGCACCAGCUGCUCUUUCUCCGCAACGUGGAGCACUUCUGGCGGCUCAACUCCGCGUUGGCGGACUUUAUCGGUGUCCCGCUGAACCUGCUCGCGUGUGAUGAGCUGCGGCUUGACUCGGAGGUGCACGGAUGCGCCGUCGCCCUUGCGUGUUUAAGCCUGCACUACGCGGACGAGGCGAAGGAGUGGGGACAGGACGAGUACCUGCGCGUUGCACAAGAACUGGUCGAGACCCACGACCCCGGCUCGCUCGUCGUGGCACGUGACCGCAUUUUGAUCGGAGGUGCGCCUCGGCUGUACAAGACGGCCGCACGAGUCCGCGACAUCCGCAGCUCACGUGACAUCAUCCUGCAACGCAUCACCACGCACAUCACGAGCUGGUACGAAGAGGUUGACAAGUUGGUGGUGGGCAGUAACCUAGACGUGCAGACGAUGCUGCUGACAGGGCCGGUACUGUGGGCGGUGAACUGCGGCCCAGCCGGGGUUUCGUACGUUGCUUCUGGCGGUGCUAUCGCUGGAGACUUUGACGUGUACGGCGCACGCGACGGUGGUGCAAACACGAACAACAACAAUGCGUCCUCGGUAACGGCAGGCGCUAUCGCAAACGCGAACAACAACGGCAGCCAUCUCAGCAACAACGCUGGUUUCUCGGCAUCGCGUAUUGUCAGCCCGCCACCAGCUAGCUUGUCACGGCCGCGUCCGCGCAGCAUCUCCCCUUCCUACCGCGGCUCUUCUGCUCCACCGGGGGAAUCCUCGUUGAACCUGCCGCCUGGUACUGCUGCCACGGCGGCUGCGACGUCGAUGUGGAUGAUUGAGGUGGCCUUUCCCUGGAGCCUCCUGGCCACCGCGCAGGAUUUGCGCUACCUGGAGGCGACGCAGCUCACGCCAUACGUGCUGAACAGCCUCGCCGGCGGCGGCACCAUGGGCGAGAUGGCGCUCUCAGGUCGUAGCGGGGUGAGCAUCAGCAGCCUGUCCUCCCCACACGGGCGGGGGUCAACGGCAGCUGCGGGACUCACACUCCUGCGCGAUGCCUUGCGCAACAACGGGCUACGCACGCGUCUGGCGCACACGCUGGUCGAGCUGAUUCACGUGUACUACGUCACUGUGAACGGCGAGGACGCGGCACUUGUACUGGUGGCCACUGACGAGUAUCAAGAGGUGAAUCGAAUGCUUCAGCGCGGCAUGACGCUGCGGUGGAAUGACGAGGGCGUCCUCGCCUACGUGCAGCAGCUCGCGGACACCAUGCAAACCUUCACGACCACCGUGCAGCAGGUGCGGAGCAAAACGGAAUCCGUCUACAAAAAGAUCAAGGCGUUUCACGUGCGUGCCUUUCACCCCGACACAAUCCUGCAGCGCGUGAGGGCGUUGCGGCGCAUCGUCGAUGCCCUCGCGCUGCGCUGCGUACACGCCCACCUGUGGACGCGUCAGAUCCAGCCUCUCCUGGAAGAGGCCCUGCUCACGCAGAUGAAGUACCUUAUGCACUCAUGGACCGAGGACUUCCAGUCCAUGCGCAGCGACGUCCGCUUCCUCGAAAAAGGAACGGAAACGGACGUGUUUCGGCUGACCCCUCUGCGCAUCCGCAUGCGAGUGGUGUACAAGGAGGUGCGCCUCGAGUGUCCCUGCUCGGCGUGGCGGCAGCACUGGAUCAGCGAGCUGAAUCGCUUUCUCAGCUGGGUCGACGUUUUGCCGCGUCUGUACAAGCAAGAGGAAACGCAGGCGGAGGUGCUUGCGCUGGACGCGCUGGAAGGCCCAGAAGCGAGUGUGAGCAGCCUGCCGUCUGCCCAUCGUCGUGGCAACACGAGCAGCAUGCGCCCCUCCACCGGAGACGUCAACUCUAGCUUGAAUGCUGCCAGCGGUGGAGGCGGCGGUGGUGCAUUCUCGAUGGGCGGGGGAGGGGGUGCUCGAGCUGACGGCAUGAAUCGAGGGGAGACGGGCAACGACGGCUAUCAGUACCUUCUCAUGCGCCUCCCCGCUUCCGCCCUCGCGGAGCCCCUGCAUGCGAUUGAGCGGUGUGUGCAGGAGGCCAUUGACACCGAGAAGGAGUGGCGUCGUGGGCAGCAGUUCCUCAACAUGGAUGUCGGGCUGAUGCAGCAGCGCUUCGGCGGCGAUUUGCACCGCUGGAGCCACGCGUUGGGUCUCAUGCACACCGUCACCGCCCGCAUCAUGGACUACACCCAGCCGAACAAGCUGCUGGGCGGUAUUGUGAUUCUUGCACAAGAGGCGCAGAUUGAACUGGGGCGAAAACUCGACCAAGUCAGCCAGUACGCGCACGCCAAGUUUAAGGACCUCCUGCAGGUGGAACAGGAGAGGACGUACAAGGAAAUCACGCAGGAGAGGACCACGGUUGACGCGUUGGAUGUCAUCAGCAACGUGCGCGACGCCGCCGCCUUCCUCUCCGCCGUACCAGGCCUCAAAACGAAACUGCAGAAGAUGGACGGCGAUAUCACCCUCAUUGGCGACGCCGAGGCGAGCCUGACGAAGCUGGGACACGUCUUUCCGGAGCAUUGGAUUUACGCCGCUGCCGUGCGCGAGGAGUACACGUCCCUUGCCGAGUUGGUCGACCGCAAGCUCAAGGCGGUGCAGGUGCGCAGACCGUACCUGCUGGAGGAGGCCCGCACGACUACCGACGCUCUUGAGGCGAAGAUCAAAGAGCUCGACGGCCGUUUCCGCAACUUGGACUCCGACGCGGCGUCGAAGGAUGCGCCGGCGCUGUCGAAGCAGGCGGUGGAGGGCAUCUUCGACGAAGCAACGGCGUUGGAUGAGGAGGCGAAGCGCAUCACGGCGAUUCAGGAGGAGCUCGGCGAGACACCGCACACCUUUUCGUCCUUGCAGAAGCUGCUCGAGGAUGUGGCGCAUGUGAAGGACGUGUGGUGCCACGUGGCGAGCGCCUACGAGGAGCUGAACGAGCUGGGGGCGACACCCUUCUUCGAGAUGGUGCCGCGGCGGAUGCACGAGCGUCUGCAAGCCAUCGAGGAGGAAACGGAGCAGUACCCCGAGACGGUCAAGAGCUACAAGCUGUGCAAGGACCUGGUCGCGAAGGUGCAGGGCGUGCUGGGUUACAACCGUCUCAUGCAGGACCUCCGCUCCGAUGCGAUGUCGCCGCUAGAGCGUGCCCUGCGCCACUGGACCGUGCUGCAGCAGAAACUGCACACCCCGUGGGUGCUGGAGAACCUGCGUGUGCGCGACAUCUGGGACAGCGACCCAGCGGCGAACGCGACCGUCUACAACGAAGUGAUCGAAAUGGCGCAGGGCGAGCGGCGCAUCGAGGUGCAGCUGAACAACAUCACGAACUUCUGGAAUAUGUUCGAGUUCAGCGUCAUCGCGUACAAGAAGCAGGUGGUUCUGAUCCGCGGCUGGGAAGACGUGCUGGACCGCCUGACCGAAGACCUCAGCACCUUCGGUGGGAUGCGGGCCAGCCCGUACUUCAUCUCGCCGCAGCUGGUGUCCAUGACGAACGAGGCCGAGGCGCGGUUGGACCGUCUUCGGCAGGUGCUGGAGACGCUGCUGGAGGUGCAGAAGCGGUGGGUCUACCUGGACGGUAUCUUUGCGGGCAACGCCGAGGUACGCGCCCAGCUGCCGCACGACACAGUGAAGUUUGACCGCACCAGUCGCGAGCUGCUGCACAUCUUACCGCGUCCUCGAUCGUCUGGCGAGCUACCCGAGGUGCGUGCCUCCUUUUUCCUGGAGGACGAGAAGCUGCAGGUGACGCUGGAGCGUCUACUCUCGCAGCUGACGGCGGUGCAGCGCGCUCUCACGAGCUACCUCGACACGCAGCGCGGACGCUUCCCCCGCUUCUUCUUCGUGGGCGACGACGACCUGCUGGAAAUCAUGGGCAACAGCAAAAAUCCGCUUUUCCUCAACAAACACCUCAAGAAGAUGUUCACCGCCCUCGCCUCCUUUCAGCUGGACGGGAAUGCGAAGGGCGCCACGACGCGGCUGCGCGGCUUCGCCAGCAGCGAGGGCGAGGAGCUCAACUUCGAGCCGGGCCCCAUCGAAUUCCGUCAGCGGCCGAUGCACGAGUGGCUUCGUGAGGCGGAGCAGGGUGUGGCCUUCACUUUGCGCGAGUCGACGCUACGAGCCUACAUGGAACUGAUGAGCGACUCCACGCACUACGCGCCGCUCUGGUCGAUGGAUUGGAUUCGCCGCAAGCCCGCGCAGGUGGUAUGUCUGGCGCUGCAGCUUAUGUGGACCAAGCAGCAGGAGGGCUUGCUGACCGCGCCGUACCACCCCAAUGUCCAUGCCGCCGCAACAGACGCCGUAGCACCAACGAGAGCGGCAACGGUGUCAGCGAAGUCGCCUGCCACGGCGUCGUCGGCGGUGACGAGGAGCAUGGACGGGCUCCUGGUGAAGCUGGCUGGCAGCGUGCUGGAUCACUCCAUCGAACCGAGUGCGCGGUACCGCUGCGAGCAGCUCAUCACGAUCGCGGUCUACCAGCGUGAUGUCUCGCGCUCCCUCGCAGCGCGCAAGGUGACGUCGAGCUUCGACUUUGACUGGCUGAGCGUGCUGCGGCUCUACGUUGUGCCGGUCAAUCAACACGACACGAACAACACCGACAACAAGUCCGCAUCGUCUGCUAAGGGUCUGUACCUGUCUGCCGAGACGGUCGAGUGCCGCAUGGCAGAGGCGGCGGUGUACCACGGCUUUGAGUACAUCGGGGCCUAUGAGCGGCUGGUGCAGACUCCCCUCACGGACAAGUGCUACCUCACCUUGAUGCAAGCCUUGCACACCAGGCUCGGCGGGUCGCCAAUUGGCCCCGCCGGCACCGGCAAAACGGAAACGGUCAAGGCGCUUGGCAUGCAACUCGGCCGCCACGUCCUCGUUUUCAACUGCGAUGACACCUUCGACUACCAGGCGGUGAGCCGCAUCUUUCUUGGGCUGUGCCAGGUCGGUGCGUGGGGCUGCUUCGACGAGUUCAACCGCCUCGAAGAGCGUAUCCUCUCCGCGCUGUCCCUGCAGAUUCAAGUUAUUCAACAAUCUCUGCGAGAGCGCAAAGCACAGGUACAGCUGAACCACCGCGCCGUGCCUCUCCACACGAACGUGGCCAUCUUUAUCACCAUGAACCCGGGCUACGCAGGGCGGUCGAAGCUGCCGGGCAACUUGAAGCAGCUGUUCCGCACCGUGACCAUGACCAUCCCCGAUCGCGAGACGAUUGCCGAGGUGAUGCUGUUUGCACAAGGCUUCACCACCGCCGAGGCGCUCUCGCAGAAGGUGGUGCCACUGUUCCGCCUGUGCGAGGAGCAGUUCACGCACCAGGCCCACUACGACUUCGGCCUGCGUGCGCUCAAGUCCGUCCUUGUCGCCGCGGGUGACCGCAAGCGGCAGGUGAUGGCAGAGACGGGCGGCAAGGCGGUGGCGGCUUCGCCCGAUGUGGCGCAAGAGGCGGAGCGGACGAUGCUGCUGGAGAGCGCCAUCGCCACCAUCGCCCCCAAGCUGGUGGCACAGGACGUCGGGCUCUUCUACCUGCUCCUGCACGACUUUUUCCCGGGACGGUCGCUGCCGACGCUGCCGAUGGCUGAGCUGCGUGACUCUGUGGCCAGCGUGUGCGCCGAGAGCGGUCUGUCCCCGGCGUAUGGGUGGGUGGAAAAGGUCCUGCAGCUCUACCACACCAAGCUCACCCGCCACGGGGUGAUGAUUGUGGGGCCGAGCGGCACUGGCAAGACAACGGCGUGGAAGGUGCUGAUGGCUGCUAUGGUGCGCCUCGAGAAGUCGCUGCAGAUGCACGCCUACGUUAUUUCGCCCAAAGUGCUGAGCAAAGCCGAGCUGUUUGGUACGUUGGAUGUCACGACGCGGGAGUGGCGUGAUGGCGUGCUGACGAGCAUUCUGCGGCGCAUUAUCGACGCGGAGGAGCAGCAGCAGAUUCCAGACGACAUGGCACUUGCCAGCAACAACGAUGAGGGCAACACGAACUACGCGGCGCUCGGCUCUUCCAUACGCGCGGACAAGUCAUUCCUUGGCAGUGCCGAAAGCUCUGGAGUGCCAGACAACAAGCUGAGCGCUCCUGUUUCUCCCAAAGCGGGCACCAAGCCACCGGGGAUCCUGAAGACGGCGGCGGGCAGCGGCGAGCGCACGGAAAGUGCGCCUGCAGACGUCGUGAAGGAGCAUUGGAUUAUCUUCGACGGCGACGUGGACCCGGAGUGGGUGGAGAACCUGAACUCCGUCCUCGACGACAACCGGCUCCUGACACUGCCCAACGGCGAGCGGCUGCCCUUGCCACGGUCGGUGCGCAUUUUCUUCGAGGUGCAGGACCUGCGCUACGCCACUCCCGCCAGUGUGUCCCGGUGCGGUAUGCUGUGGUUCAGCGAAGGAAUCGUGCCCCUCUCGGGUGUGCUCUCGCACACCUACCAUCAGCUGCAGGAGCUUCCCAUUGUCGACGCGCGCGGCCGUCACCUACACUGGAACACGGACGCGGACAUGAUUGGUGUGGCGGGCCCGCGCCGCUUCCUCACCUCUGACUGCGUGCUCUCCGGCAGCUACGGCAAGACCUACCACGAGUUCAUCAUCGCGAAUGCAACCCAAAACACCCUGAGCGAAGCGGUGGGCAGUCCCCUUCCGCUGCGGCACGCCACCCGCACCGUCACCAUCAAAGAUCAGGAUGACUUCAACCUCAACGCGACUACGACGCCACAGACCAGCGGGUACGCCACAAAGGAGCAGAGUCCAAAGGUCGGCUGGGAAGGCGGGAACGCCGAGCUCGACCUCGGCUCCACCCUCUACGGCUCCACCGCCUACGGCGCCGCCAGCAUGUACCUGACGACGUCCGGCGGCAACAACGCGAACCACCGCAGCCACCCCGAUGCAGAGCGAAUUCAAGAGAUCAUGGUGAGCAUCUGGGCGGAAGCGUUUGAGCGCAGUGGCGCCGUUGUGCGCGGCCUGCAGCUGGUGAAGAGCCCCGCCUUCCGCGACGUCUGUGUGAUGGAGCUCAACGACCUGGAAGUGAUACAAAGCAUCUUGUCGUUUCUCACCAAUGGGGUGUGGCGCACCUUUGAGGCGGAGCAGCGCAACGACGGCGACAUCUUUGGCUCGACGGUGGUCACGAAGAUCGCCCAGCGGGUGCUCUCGUACGCCAUUUUCUGGGGCCUGUCGUCCUCCAUGAACCUUGAAAACCGCACGAAACUCGCGAAGGAGCUCGAAUUGCGGCCCUCCGUGGACGGCGUUGCGCAGUCGAUGGUCGAGGUGGAGGUGAACUACAGCACAGGGGAGUGGCAGCUGAUCCGCAACCGCGUGCAGGAGACCUCCAUCCUGGCCGAGCAGGUCGGCGCAAACGACACAGUGAUCACAACGGUCGACACCUGCCGCCACGAGGACGUGCUGAGCGCCUGGCUCGGAUCAGGCCGUUCGGCGAUCCUGUGCGGCCCGCCGGGGUCCGGCAAGACAAUGUCCAUCACCGCCGUGCUGAACAACCUGCCCGAGUACGAGGUGGUCUUUUUGAACUUCUCCAGCGGUACCACCGUCACGACCAUCAUGAAGGCGCUGGAGCAGUACUGCACCGUGCACGACACGGCGCGUGGUCUGGUUAUGGUGCCCAGCUCCGGCAAGCAGCUGCUGCUCUUCUGCGACGAAAUCAACUUACCCGCGCUGGACCGCUAUGGCACGCAGGUCGUCGUCCAGCUCCUUCGCCAGCUCAUCGAGCGCAAGGGCUUCUUCCGCGCCCGCGACAACACGUGGAUCAACGUGGAGGAUGUGCAGGUCGUGGGGGCGUGUAACCCACCGACCGAUCCGGGUCGCGUCCCGCUCAGCCAGAGGUUUCUGCGCUGGGCUCCUGUCCUGUUCGUGGACUUCCCCUCUCCCGACUCGCUUCUCACGAUUUACACCACCUACUGUCGCGCGAUCCUCGCGUGGAAUGAGCGACUGUGCGGGCAGGUGGCGUCGCGGCUGGCAAAGGCGAUGGUGGCGAUGUACCGCGUGUCGCAGGCCAGGUUCACCCCCAUCCAGCAACCGCACUACCUCUACUCCCCGCGUGAGCUGUCGCGCUGGUCGCGGGCGCUCUACGAGGGCAUCCUCACAUGGGACGACUCGGUGAAGCGGCAGCUGACGGUGAGCCAGCUUGUGCGGCUUGCCGUACACGAGGGCCUGCGCGUCUUCUCGGAUCGACUUGUCUCGGCCGAAGAGCAGAACUGGACAGACACCGCCAUCAACGAUUGCUUCCGCGAGAACUUUGAGGAGGUCGACGCGCACACUUUUGACCGGCCGCUGCUCUUUUCGACGCUGCUGUCGCGCAGCUACACCGACAGCCCGCGCGAGGCGCUGCGGACCUACGUGCAAAAGCGGCUGAUCGCCUUCAACGAGGAGGAGACCGUCGGCGACUUAGUCAUCUACGACAGCAUGAUCGACCACGUUGUCCGCAUUGACCGUGUGCUGCGGCAGCCGCUUGGCCACCUCCUCAUCGCCGGGUCGUCGGGUGUGGGCAAGACGGUCCUGACGAAGCUCGUGGCGUGGAUGCGGGGCUUUUCGACUUUCACGCUCAUGGUGCACCGCAACUACGUCCUCAGCGACUUCGAAAACGACCUGCGCGCGGUGCUGCGGCGAUCCGGCUGCAAGCGGGAGCGCAUCUGUUUCCUCUUUGACGAGUCGAACAUCUUGCAACCCAGCUUCCUGGAGUACAUGAACGCCCUGCUGGCCUCGGGUGAGGUGCCGGGGCUGUUUGACGGGGAGGAGUGGUCAAAGUUGAUGCAGGAGGUGCGGGAGGCCGUGCUGCUCAACCAGAGCUACUACGCCAUGAACCACUCCACGCGCGGCAACCGCGGUGGGGAGGCGCUGACGGGGAGUGCUCGUGAAGGCGCCGCGACAAUGCGUCGUUCCACUGGUCGCAAAGGCAACGACGCCUCCCUCGUCGAAGGCGAUGACGCGACGGACCUGCUGGCAGCCACGCUGGCUGCGACGACGGCGAGCGUUACUCUUGGCAUGAGCAAGAACCCAGCGGACGACCUGGUCGACGUGAACAGCGAUGCGGAGUUGUACCACUGGUUUUUGACGAACGUGCGCGAGUAUUUGCACGUUGUCCUGACCAUUAAUCCGUCCUCGGGCGAGUUCACCUCGCGCACCGUUGCGAGCCCUGCCUUGGUCAAUCGAUGCACCAUUGACUGGUUCGGUGACUGGGAUCUGUCCACGCUGCAGCAGGUCUCACAGGAGCGCAUUCGAAGCCUCGAGCUGCUCCCCGUCUCCCACGACACCUUCUCCUCGGAAAUAGAGGCAAAAAAUUCGGUAGUGGAGUCACUUUGCAUGAUACACCAGGCGACGCAGAACAUCAACCACGCGCUGCGGGUCCGGCACGCGAAUCAAGGUUCCUUCAUCACGCCGCGGCACUUCACCGACUGCGUCUCCCACUUCGUUGCGGUCUUACGUGAGAAGCAGAAGGUGUCGAACGACGCCGUUGUGCACCUACGCAAUGGCCUGACGAAGCUGCAGCAGACGUCGCAGGAGGUCAGUGCACAACAGACAACGCUGCGGGAGAGUGAGGUGGAGCUGGAGGCGAACAGCCAACGCGCGCAGAAGAUGCUGGAGCGCAUCGUUACCGAGACGGAUGUGGCGAAGAAGGAGAAGGCGGCCGCGGAGGCGCUGGAGAAACAGCUGCAAGACGAACACGCGAAGAUCUCCGACGAAGCAAAACGCAUGUCGGUCGAGCUCGCCGAGGCCGAGCCGGCGCUGAAGGAAGCAGACGCCGCACUCAGCACCGUCAAGCCGGAGUACCUGCGGGAGAUCCGCGCCUACACGACACCGCCGCCGAUGGUGAAGCGCACACUGGAGGCGGUGUGCGUGUUAAUGGGCGAGCGCAACAGCUCGGAGUGGGAGACGCUAAAGAACCAGAUCCGCCGCGACGACUUCCUCGCCAGUGUGCGCACCUUCCGACCCGACGACAUUCGGGAGUCGGCACGUGAGCAGGUGCGCAUUAUGAUGAAGGACAAGAAGUUCACGGUCGAGGCUGCCUACCGCGCCUCCAAGGCAGCGGGGCCGCUCAUGCAGUGGGUCUUCUUCCAGGUAAAAUACUCGGCCAUUUAUCAGCGUGUGGCGCCAAUGCGGGCACAAAUUGAGGGGCUCAUUAAGGCGCGUGACGUCAAGCUCGCCGGCCUGGAAAAGGCGCAAGGCGAGGUGCGUGCGAAGGAGGCGUCGCUCCAGCAGCUCAUGGCCGAGUACCAGAGCGCCACGUCGCAGAUCGGCGAGUUGAAGAAGCGCAUUGAGACUGUCAGCGCCAAGUGCAGCCGUGCCCAGACAAUUGUGCGCCAGUUGCUGGACGAGCGCAACCGCUGGCAGGCCGAGGUGAAGAGCUCCGACUCCGAGGCUCGCACGACCCUCGGCGACUGCAUUAUGUCCGCUGUCUUCUUAACCUACACGGGUUUCUACGACGAGUACACACGCGAGCGCGUUUUGAUACCGCGCUGGUUGAAGUGUCUGCAGAGCACCGCCAUUCCCGUGCGUGAGGGCCUCAGCGUGGCGGAGUACCUGUCUCCCGCGGCACAGCAGCUUUCGUGGGAGGAGGCCGGCUUACCCAAGGACCGCCUCGCCGUCGACAACGCGGCCAUCAUGAACCGCUGUCGGCGCUAUCUGUUGCUCAUUGACCCGACAGGGGUGGCAGCAGAGUUUGUGUUGCACUACUACGCAGACAAAAAGAUCACCAAGGCGUCGUUUAGUCGGCCGGGGUAUUCGAAGCAGCUCGAGAUGGCCGUCCGCUUCGGCUACCCCAUUUUAAUGGAAGAUGCGGAGCAUCUGGAUCCGGCUGUGUCGCCGCUGCUGAACGGCGAGGUGCGCUGCCACGGCACGCGCUACAUCACCCGCAUCGGCCCCCACGAGGUCGAUCUUGCCCCGUCCUUCUCUCUCUUCUUGCACACGCGGAACCCGAACUUCCAGCCGCCGCCGGAUCUGGCUGGGCAGGUGUGCAUUGUGAACUUUACCGUGACGCUUUCCUCGUUGCAAUCGCAGUGUCUGCACUACGUGUUGCUGCAUGAGCGGCCCGACGUGGACGAAAAGCGCUCGAAGCUGCUCAAGACACAGGGCGAGUAUCAGCUGCGGCUGCGCGUGCUGGAGGAGAAGCUGCUGACGCACAUUGCUGAGUCGGAGGGUAGCCUGCUCGACAACGACGCGCUGAUACAGAGCUUGGCGGAGCUGAAGCAGGAGGCAACGCGGAUUGCGCGCGACAUCCACGACAGCGACGACUCCUUGCGCGAGAUUCGACUAGUGGAGGAGCAGUACCGACCCAUUGCCACCGUCGUCGCACAGGCGCACUUCGCCCUCCAGCGCUUCGCUGAGCUGAACCCGUACUACCACUACGAUGUCCGCUUUGUGCUGCGGGUGCUGGACGACGCACUGGGCAUGCUCACACCGCCACCGACCCCGGCGUUGCCUGCGGCGGAAGUCGAGCGACUGCACACGCUCACGUAUCUCAUCUUUCUUCUCCUGCACCGUCGCGUGGUGCGCGGCAUGUUUAACGAGGACCACUUGGCGUGGGCGUUCCGACUGGCGCAGCUGCGCAGUGCCAUGGGCACCUUCGGCGCCACUGCGGCGGUGGGGAGCUGUGAAGCCGCAACGGGUGUGAAUUUGCCAACGAGCGCGAGCAGCUCGUCCGUGUCGCCGGAAGAGUGGGAGUGGAUCAUGUCGUGCCUACGUGUCACCCGACCUGGCAGCGGCAGUCCGACCACGGCGAAUGAAGCGGCCGCCGCUGCAUCGGAAGACUUCGUUGCUCUCCCACCGGUGGUGCGUCGGGCGUGCCCCACCUUGGGCUCGCAGAGUCGGCAGGCGUUGGCGUUCCAGCUGGCGAAGCCCGCCUUCAAGGAGGUGCGGCUCUCCUUCACCACGCAGUCUGCCGCGUGGGAGUCUGUCCUCACCUCCGCCGCGCCUGUUGCUGUAAGUGAGUUGCAGCUGUCGAGUGACUGUUUUCCGCGCGGCAUCUCGUAUGUGCGUCGGAUGCUGCUGCUCACGCUGCUACUUCUGAACACGCGCCGCGACGCUUUCAACGAGGCAGCGCGGAAACUCCUGUCGGCGUACUUCUCGGCGAAGGAGAUGCACGCAUCGGCGAAGGUGAUCGUGGAGGGGAAACGUGUCUCCGGUGCACAAGGCGGCGUCUUAUCAGAGGAGGACUUCUUUGCCCCGCAGACGAACGACCUCGCCGAGGACAUCAUGUCCGAGCUGUCCGAAGCUACGCCGCUGCUGAUGGUAGCGGACACGAUGUUCGACCCGGCCUCGCGUGUGGAAGAGCUGGCACGACGCACGAACACGACGCUCUUCGUGGUUGCCAUGGGUAGCAUGGAGAGCAUCGAGAGCGCCGACGCAUACCUGGCGCAGACGACAAAGGAGGGCGGCUGGAUGCUGUUGAAGAACGUGCAUCUCGCUCUCGGGUACAUGGACAAACUGGAGAAGCAGCUGCACUUCCAGCGCAGUGAGCAGCAGAUACACAAAAACUUCCGCCUCUUCUUGACAGCAGAGCGCGAGGGCGUGUCGUCGCGUAGUGCUCCGGCGGUGGCAGCCGCGGCUGCCACCGCGUCUGCGUCGAAAGUGCUGCCGAUCAACCUUAUUGAGACGUCGGUGAUGGUUGUGUACGAGGCACCGCCCGGCAUGCAGUCUUCGCUUCUUCAGACGUACGGCGAGGCCUCUUCGUAUCCGUCCCUUCCUUCCUCCGCCGCAGACGCAUCGGCCGACCCUGCUGCGGCAACGACAGCGGCGGCGAGCGCGCAGAGGAACAGCAAUAACAACACUGCAUUACAGCGAUUGUACCUUGCUGCUGCCUGGCUGCACUCGGUCAUCACGGAGCGCAUCUCCUACAAGCCUCUCGGCUGGAGCGAAGCGUACGAGUACACGGAAGUGGAGUACCAGCGUGUGGUGCAAGCCGUACAGGCGUGGUCAUCCACAAAGGGCAGCACGCUUACCGUAUCGUGGGACGCGUUGCGGACCAUCGUCUCUACCACGAUCUACGGCGGUAAGGUGAGCAACGUUUUCGAUCAACACGUCCUCGAUACGUUCUGCCGGAGGAUGCUCAACACGGAUGUCCUGCAUGACGGGGCUCUGUUGGUGCCCAAGGCGGUUACUGAUGCCGCGUCCUCGUCUCCGCUGCCCCCGAUAACUGGGCACACGCGCAGCGAAUUGCUGCAGUGGGUUCGUGGUCUGGAAGGCGGCAACAGCGACCCGGCGUGGCUCGCCUUACCCGUCGGUGCGGAUCGUAUGACGCGCGCACGCAGCGCCAUCGCGACGGUGGAACGCCUAUCGCUCGUGCAAAACACCCUGGACGAUGAACUCACCUUCGCCGAUGACGAUGUUGCGCACAUGCACGUGGGGUCAGCGGAUGAGGUUUCAGGCUCGCCGUUGAGUGGUAAGAAAGGCGGUGCUGGUACUGCUGAUCCCUCGAGCCCCACCGCUGUCAAUGCCUUGCGCGCUACUCGAUGGGCUGCCAAGGUGCAGGCGUACUGCGUGGCGUGGUACCCACUUUUGUUCAACGGGCUUCAGAAACUGCAGAAGAACGCGUUUGUCCAACAAGCCGUCGCCCUGCACGAGCAGGAAACCCGAGAGAACGUGGAUGCCGAUCUCUCCAGCACAAAAGCCGCAAACGACAUCAUCAACCAGAAAGGUGCUGCGAAGAGCGCGGUGCCUCCGCCGCUGGUAAUGGCAAUGCAGCGCGAGGUGGUGGCGGCGGUGGAGCUGCUGCGCCACCUCACCACCGACAUUCGUGAACUGCGCGAGGUGGUGAUGGAGGAGCGGACCCCGAGUUCCGUGCACCGCGGGCUGGUAGAGGAGCUCAUGAAGGACCACGUGCCGGCGGCGUGGGGCGCGCACCUGGUUGGCGUGCACGGCUCCGUGGCGUGCUCCCUCUUCGUAGGUCUCUGGAUCGCCGAUGUGCAGCAGCGUGUCGAGCACCUGCUAGCGCUGGCCACGGCGGCGUCAUCGGGAGCUAUCGCAAAGAAGCCGGUGCGCCUGGGGCUGCUCUUCUCGCCGGGAGCGUUUCUCACCGCCUUCAAGCAACAAUGUGCGAGGGCGGAUCAGGUCCCAUUGGAGCGCCUUGUCCCGCAAAUAGAGAUGUCAGCUACACCAGCUUCGCGAACGGCCGCGUCGCCGACAGGGGCUUCGAAUGACCCUGUGCCUCGCAGCGCAAGCGAAAUGGUGUUCUUGGGGCUGACGCUGUACUCCGCGGUGGUGGACAGCGCUGGCAAAUGUGCCUUGACCUCCACCACGAAGGUGAAUGGCGAGGCGGGCAUGCCAGCCUUAUCGACAACGGUUUCCCUGCGUUGGAAGUGGGUAAGCAGCAGCGCAAACGGCAUCGGUGGGAGCGACUCAGCGGCGUCGCCGGUGGUCCGGAUUGCGCAGCAACGCAAUCAACAGGGGACUAUCCUCCUGCCGUUUUACACGACGGACAACCGUGAGUCCCUGCUGGAGGUGCUGGAUGUACCCAUCGCGCCAGAUCGCGCCAGUGCGGAGUUGGGCAUCUCUGUUUGGUACGAGCGUGGCGUCUGCCUUGCCGCCUGGGCAGCCUCUGAUUAA